AUGUAUAAAAAUGCCCAAUGUUUACAUGCAUUUUCACUUUCUAGUCUUAAAACAGAACAUUAUUACGCCUCAGCAUCUCUAACCAUAAACGAUUGGGUUUCUGGACAUCAUUCUGUAUUUUCUAGAAUCGAAUGUGCUACUGUUUGUUAUUCUAAGGAGGAAUGCCAAGGUUUUGGUUAUUAUAUAGAAAAAAAUAACCACAAUUGUUUUCUGAUAAAUUCUCAUAUUGAUGAUGAAUGCGAUGAAUGCGACUCAGAAGAUGGAUUAAAGGUUUAUGACGUUGUAAAAGAUAUAACUACUACUACAACAACUACUGAGCGUACUUCGACCUCAGAUAGGCCUACUACAACAAUUGCAACAACUACGACUACAGAAAAACUUAGUACUAUAACAACAACUAAGGAACCUUCUACGAUAACUACGACUAUUGAAACUCCUACAACUACAUCCACGACGACUACCGAAACGCUUACAACAACUACGACGACUACUUCUACUAAAGCGCCAACAACAACAACAACAACAACAACUAAAGCACCACCACCAACAACAACAACAACUAAAGCACCACCAACAACAACAACAACAACUAAAGCACCACCAACAACUACCACUACCACUGAAUCUCCUACAACUACCUCCACAACCACAGAAAUAACUACAACAACUACCAAAAUGCCUACAACAACUACGACAACCAAAAGCCCUACAACAACGACGACCACAGAACAGCCUACAACAACGACGACCACAGAACAGCCUACAAGCACAACGACCACAGAACAACCUACAACCACGACAACCACAAAACAGCCUACAACCACAACGACCACAGAACAACCCACAACCACAGAACAGCCUACAACGACGACGACCACAAAACAGCCUACAACGACGACGACCACAGAACAGCCUACAACAACGACGACCACAAAACAGCCUACAACAACGACGACCACAAAACAGCCUACAACAACGACGACCACAAAACAGCCUACAACAACGACGACCACAAAACAGCCUACAACAACGACGACCACCAAACAGCCUACAACAACGACGACCACCAAACAGCCUACAACAACAGCCUACAACGACGACGACCACAGAACAGCCUACAACUACGACCACUAA